CGCAGGACAGACCUGGACACACGGACACCCGGAGAUCUGGAGAUCUGGAGAUCUGGAGACCCGGGGACUGCAGGACCGAUCCAGACCCGGACUCUACCUCACCUGCACAGGCCUCGCAGGACUGCAGCGUGGUUCAGCGUGGUUCAGCGUGGGGACCGGUUCUCCUGCAGGACAUGUGUCGCUGGCCCGUGGCCUCCCUCGUCCUCUGCUUCUGGCUGCUGGACCGCAGCCACUGCAACAGCAGCCUGCAGGACAGCAUGAGAGCGCUGCACCGCAGCUUCGCCGUCAGCCUGUACCAGACGCUCACCGGGGUGGAGAACGACUCCAACCUCAUCCUGUCCCCCGUCAGCGUGUCCUUCUCCCUGGCGCUGCUGCAGCUGGGGGCCCGGGGCAACACGCGCGCCCAGCUGGAGGGAGCGCUGGGCUACAACGUGCACGACGCUCACGUGCGAGACUUCCUGCUGCGCUGGCAGGGGAACGUGAGCAGCAGCGGCCAGGGGACGUGGCUGCAGCAGACCUGCACCUUACUGGUCCAGUCCGGGGUCCAGCUCCUCACCGAGUUUACCCAGCAUGCAUCAGCGUGGGCCAACACCAGCGUGGUCCGAGCCAACUUCAGCCAACCCAGUCACGCUGGCAGCCGACCAGAGGGAUGGGGGGCCGGCCCGUCGGGGGGCAGCAGCGGGGAGCCGUCCGGGUCGUCGGGGUCGGGGGAGGCCCAGGCGGAGGCCCAGGCGGAGGCUGGGUGGUGGGGCCACCGCCUGCAGGUGGCGCUGGUCAACACCGUGGCCUUCAGGGGCGUCUGGCAGAAGCAGUUCAUGUCCAGCCACACCCAGAACCUGCCCUUCCUCCUGGCCGACGGGACUGCCGUCAAAGUUCCCAUGAUGUACCAGGUAGCAGAAGUCAGCUUUGGUCAGUUCCGGACGGCCGGGGACCUGCGCUACACGGUGCUGGAGCUGCCGUACCUGGGCCGGGCCCUGAGCCUGCAGCUGGUGCUGCCCAGCGACAGGAAGGCCCGGCUGGCGGCGCUGGAGGCCCAGCUCUCUGCACGCCAGCUGGCGUCCUGGGACACCGGCCUGCGCAGGACCAAGAUGGACAUCUUCCUACCCAGAUUCAGAAUGCAGAACAAGUUCAACCUGAGGUCAGUGCUUCCUGCGAUGGGCAUCAGCGACGCUUUCAACCCCACUGCAGCCGACUUCAACGGAAUAUCAGUGGAGGAGGGUCUUUAUGUGUCCGACGCCUUCCAUGAAGUAAGAAUAGAAGUGACAGAGGAUGGGACAAAGGCCGGCGCUGCAACAGCUAUGGUGCUGCUCAAACGAUCCCGUGCUCCUGUUUUCAAGGCGGACCGGCCCUUCUUAUUUCUCCUUCGACAGCUUGACACAGGAUCCAUCUUAUUUAUGGGCCGAGUAAUGAACCCUGCAGACCAGGCACCGUAAAGCUUCAACCCAACGCCACACCACGCUCUGUACUGUAUGAGCUACUUUCACUACCGGUAUUUAUUUGUGGAGGCUCCACGACACUUCAGAAAGA